AGAUACCUACAAAGGAGAGUGCAGCUUAGUGGGUAAAGUGUGUGUAGACAGAAAUAUUAGCAAAGAGGUGGUGGAGAACACGAUGAAGAGAGUGGAAAAUAAGCAAACCUGCAAAGUUUCUAGAAGUAGUGGAAGACCAUGGUCUUUCGACUACCAUCUGUUUGCGUUGAAACUAUUUGAUGAGGAUGCACCACCACAGAAGUUGAAGUUCAUGCAGGAGCGUUUCUGGAUUCAGUUCCAUAAUCUGCCACUGUCUUGUAUGAAUGAGGAUAGAGGGAGGCAACUGGGUAAUACCAUUGGGGUGGUGGAGGAGGUGGAUGUGAAAGAGGAUGGUAGUGGAUGGGGAAGAUAUCUGAGGGUCAUGAUUGUAAUAGAUCUUCAAAAACCAUUAGCUAGAGGCAGAACCAUCAAUGUGAGAGGAGAGAAGCUCUGGAUUCCCGUAAGGUAUGAAAAGUUGCCUAGAUUUUGUUUCUCUUGUGGUUGUUUAAUUCAUGGGAAGGGAGGCUGUGUAAACAAAAGUGAGGGGGCUGAACAAUAUGGGGUAUGGUUAAGAGCAGAUAUGAAAAGAGAAAAAAUAAAAAGAGAAGGGGAAUCUGUCAAUCAAAAGAAGAAUAAUGGAGAGAAGGUUUGGCAUACUCAAGUGGAGGAAGAUGAUGCAGGAAAUAUAGAUAAAGGAAAAAAGGGGUCAAAUGGGGGAGAAACUACUGUGAUGGAAGAGGGACUCAGCGAGGUUGAGACUGAAGGAAAAUGUGUAAGGGAAAAAGAGAAGGAGGGUAGGUUAAAUGGGGUAGUGAUUAGCAAUAAGCAAGCAGAAGAAGUAAUGAUAAUAACAAAUGGAGAGGAAUCAGUGAGGGAAGGGAUAGGGAAUGAAGUGGAGUUUAUAACUGUGGUAGAGGAGCAGAAGGAAGAUCUGAAUGAAAAAAUACAAGAACUAAUUAUCAAGAAGGGUGAAUGGAAGAGAAGGGCAAGAGAAAAAGGGAAAAAUGUAAUAAACAUUGGUGAAUACUUAGCUAAAAAAAGAAGGUAUGAAGGUGAGGAGGGAGGAGAAACAAAGAGGCUGAAGGGUAAAAAGCCCAUUAAGAGUGGUGAUGGGGAGGAAAACAAUACCUUAAAAAGCAUGGUGGUGGCUGUUCAACAGCCCCACCUUUCUCAAUGAAAAUCCUUAGUUGGAACUGUCGAGGGCUUGGGAACCCUCGGAUAGUUCAAGACCUUUGCCUUAUGGCAAAGGAAAAGGACCCAGAUGUAAUAUUCCUUAUGGAGACUAAGCUGAAAAGUGAGCAGUGUGUGAGAUUGAAUAAGAGACUAAGCUGUGAGGGAUGUUUUGUUGUGGAACCAUUGGGAAAAAAGGGAGGUUUAACUCUAUGGUGGAAGAGUAGAGUUGAGGUAGAGAUACAAAACUUUUCACAAAGGCAUAUUAAUGCCCGGAUUUCAGAAGAAGGUGUAGGGGAAAGGUGGCUGAUGACUGGCUUUUAUGGCCAGCCUGAUACUAACAGAAGAGAUGAAGCUUGGAAAUUGUAAAAUUUUUAAAGCCAAGGUCUAAUCAAGGGUGGCGCGUAUUAGGAGAUUUUAAUGAAAUUGUUUCAAAUGAUGAGAAGAUGGGAGGAAGGCCAAGAUCAGAGAGACAAAUGGAGGGGUUCAGAGCUGCAUUAGAAGAGGGGAACUUAUUUGAUCUUGGGUGGAGAGGGAAUAAAUUUACAUGGAGCAACAAGCAUGAAGAUGUGACAUUUACAAAAGAAAGGUUAGAUAGGGCAGUGGCCAACUCAAAAUGGUCACAUAUGUUCAAUGAUCACUGGGUGGAAGUGCUGACAGGUAGAAGCUCAGAUCAUAGGCCAAUUUUUUUGACUAUGAAGAAGAGAGGUGAAAAGGUCUGGAGGAAGAGAAAAAUGUUUAGAUAUGAGGCCAGCUGGGCCAUGGAGGAGGGUUGUGAUGAAGUUAUCAAAGGGGCUUGGCAUACAAUGCAAAGGGAUGUCCAGACUCAGAAGAUUCAGGCAAAAUUAGGGUCAUGCAAGACAGCCCUUCAAAGGUGGACUAGACAGACCAAUUCAAAUAGAACAAAAGAAAUAAAGGAGAAAUCUGAUUUACUCAAAAAACUUCAAGAUGCAGAGAGUAGAUAUAAUGUUGAAGAUAUUAAAAGGGUUCAGAAGGAGUUAGGGGUACUGCUUGAGAAGGAAGAUCUAAAAUGGUAACAAAGGGCCAAAAGAAACUGGUAUGCAAUGGGAGAUAGAAAUACCAAAUUCUUUCAUGCUUGUGCAUCACAAAGAAGAAGGAAAAAUGUUAUUAAAAAAGUCAUGGAUGAGCAUAAACAAAUGUUCAACAAUCAAGAAGACAUUGAAGGGGCUUUUAAUAACUUUUUUAAUGAGUUGUUUACCUCAACAAGGCCAAGCCCAGAAGACAUGCAAAAUGUGUGCAGCAGGUGGAGGCUCGAGUCACAAGUGAGAUGAAUGGCAGACUGGUUAGGCCUUUUUGCAGAUUGGAAAUAGAGGCUACUAUCAAACAAAUGGGUCCCUUGAAAUCACCUGGCCCUGAUGGUUUUGGUGCUUGUUUCUACCAAAACCAUUGGGACACAAUAGGGGAGGAGGUAUGCAAUGCAGUGUUAAGUUUUCUUAAUGGUAAUUCUCUGAUCUCUUCUUUUAAUUUUACUUAUAUAGCUCUAAUCCCCAAAACAAAGAGCCCCUUGUAACUGAGUACAGGCCAAUCAGUCUUUGUAAUGUCAUCUAUAAAAUUGUUUCAAAAGUUAUUGGAAACAGGCUGAAAGGAGUUUUAUCAAGUAUAAUCUCACCCAACCAGAGUGCUUUCAUUCCUGGAAGGAUUAUUACUGAUAAUAUAAUGGUCGCAUAUGAAGUUCUACACACUAUGAAGGUGAGGAAGAAAAGCAAGAAGGGUAGUAUGGCCAUUAAACUCGAUACGUCAAAAGCCUAUGACAGAAUUGAGUGGGUCCUUUUGGAAGCUAUAAUGAAAAAACUGGGUUUUUAUAGUGAGUGGACACAACUAGUCAUGAAGUGUGUCUCUUCUGUUACUUAUUCAGUCUUGGUCAAUGGAGAACCAGGAGAUAUAAUCUAUCCAUCAAGGGGAUUAAGGUAAGGGGAUCCUUUAUCCCCUUACCUGUUUAUAAUGUGUGCAGAAGGGCUUAGUGCCUUACUUAAUAAAUUUGAUCAGCAUGGUGAUACUAAAGGAGUUUCAGUUGUGAAGGGGGCCUGAGGAUCAAUCAUCUGCUUUUUGCAGAUGAUUGUGUUCUAUUUGGUAGGGCCAACGUGGAAGAAUGGAGAAAAAUGAAAGGGAUCCUUAGCACAUAUGAGAGAGCCUCGGGUCAGUUUCUUAAUAAGGACAAGACAACAAUUUUCUUUAGUUCUAACACUGACUCAGAGACUAGAAGUAAAAUUCUGCGGGAAGGGGGGGAUAUGGUGAAAGGGAGUUAUGAAAAAUACUUGGGACUUCCUACUCUGGUGGGCAAUUCAAAGUAUAACACCUUCAGGUGCUUAAAAGAAAGAAUUUGGCAGAAAAUUAACAGUUGGAAGAACUCCUUUCUCUCGAGUACAGGGAAAGAUAAAGGCUGUGUUGCAAGCUGUCCCUUCCUAUACCAUGAGUUUUUUUAGAUUGCCAAAGAAGCUCUGCUCAGAACUGAAUGGUUUGCUAGCUAAGUUUUGGUGGGGCAACCAGCAAAGAGAAAGGUGCAUACAUUGGAGAAGUUGGAAGAAAAUGGGGCAAUCAAAAGGAAAGGGAGGGCUGGGCUUCAGAGAUUUAGAGAAUUUUAAUACAGCUUUGUUGGCAAAACAAGGCUGGAGAUUAUUGCACAACACUCUUUCUCUAACUGCUAAGAUUUAUAAGGAGAAAUAUUUUAGACAUUCCAAUCUGUUGGUGGCAAAACUGGGUUACUCAGCUUCACUAAUAUGGAGGAGUGUUUGGAGUUCUUUGGGUUUAUUAAAAGAGGGUUUAAGAUGGAGGGUGGGUAAUGGUAAGAGGAUUCAGAUUUGGGGAAGUAGAUGGUUGUCAACUCCAUCUUCCUUCUGUGUACAGUCUCCACCUACUAUUUUGAAUGGAGAUGCAAAAGUUUGUGAACUCAUGGUAGAAGGAAAGAAGGAAAGAAGGAAUGGAAUGAGACCUUGGUUAGACCUAUUUUCAUGAAAGAAGAAGCUGAUCAGAUCUGUUGCAUACCCUUGAGCAGAAAUGAGGUGGAAGACAAGUUGUUUUGGGGACCUACUAGCAAAGGCUUGUUCAGUGUGGAAAGUGCAUAUUAUUUGGAACAAGAAAGAUAAAAAAUGGCACAAGGGGAGUAUUCUGGAGGGGCUGAUUCAGAUGGUCGAUGGAAACAAAUUUGGAAGAUGAAUACUCCUAGGAAAAUUAAGAUGUUCAUGUGGAGGGCAGGUAAUGAUUUGUUGGCUACAAAGAGUUUAUUUGCCAGGGAAAUUAGUGAAGAUUCAAAAUGCCCAAUAUGCUUCCAAGAUGAUGAAUCUGUAAUGCAUGUUCUCUGGCAUUGCCCUGCUGCUAAUGAUGUAUGGGCUGGAUUCUUAAAGACAGUGCAGAAAUGGAAGAUACAUGAAGUAGAUUUACUGAGUUUAUGGUAGAGGUUGUCACAAAAGCUCAAUAAUACUGAAAUGGAAGUGAUAGCUGCCAUAAUGAGGAGUCUAUGGAUCAGAAGAAAUGUUUUCAUUUUUGAAAAGAAGUUCACUAGCCCAAGCUGUGUAAUCAGAUCAGCAAAAGAUGCUUUGAAUGAGUUUCAACAAGUUCAGGCUUUGCCAGAGGGACAAGGGGGUAGUAUAAGUGCAGUGGGAGGGGAAAAAAAAUGGAUUCCACCAGAACAGAACGUGGUAAAGGCUAAUUGGGAUACCAGCUUCAGCAGAGUGUUAUGCCCUGAGAAAAGCAAUGGAAUUGUGUAGGGAUCUUAAUUUUGACAAAGUAACCUUUGAGGGGGAUGCACAGGUGGUAAUAAAUGCUGUAAAUGAUCCAGAUGAAGACCUGUCUUUCAUUGACAGUAUUAUUGAAGAAAUGAAGAUGGUGAUCAAAAGUUGGCAAGGAUGGAAAGUCCAAUACUCACAUAGAGAUACGAAUGCAGUAGCUCACAAGCUAGCAAAAGCUGCUUUACAUUCUGAAGAGGAGAAAGUGUGGAUAGAAGAAGCUCCAAUGUUUGUUUUAAGUAGUUUACAGAUUGAUAAUCAUUGUAUUGAUCAAACAGUUUAUAUGAAUGAAUGAGGAAUGGUUUA